UCAAUCUUGCCCAGUGCCAAUGGAUCGUAAUGCCAAACUAGGGAAAUCCCCGAGUGUCCCACUCUGAUUUUGCUGCUGACCCCUUGGGAGGAAGGGAACAGAAUAACAGAGUUGGAAAGGACCUUGAAGAUCCUCUAGUCCAACCACCUGCACAAGCAGGAGGCACUAUCUCAUUUCAGACAAAUGGCUGCCAGUCUCUUCUUAAAAGCCUCCAUUGUUGGAGCACCCACAACUUCUGGAGGGGAGCCAUUCCACUGGUUAAUUGUUCUCAUGGUCAAGAAAUUCCUCCUUAGUUCUAGGCUGGAUUUCUAUUUUAUUAGUUUCCAUCCGUUGCGUCUUGUCCUGCCUUCAGCCUUGCCAGAGGGCAGCGUUCUCCCUGGGGCAGCAGCAUUGCACCCCUCGCCCUUUGCCAUCCCUCGCACCUCCAGCAUCGCCAAGGGCAAGAGGCCCUCCGUCUCCUUUGCAGAAGGGACCCACUUUGGCCCUCAGAGCCCCAGGGCCCCCCCUGAGGCCCUCAACCCCGCCUGGAAGCCAACAGCCUCUGAGAGCUCAGUCCAAGGAGCUCCUCCUCUGCAGGUCAACCGCCCCACGGGGGCCUCAUGCCACUCCCUGGGCAGAAGCUGCUACGAGAAUGUGGCACCAGCUGCCUGGGAGGACAGUGGCUGGGCCCCUGCAGGUCACCAUCCCAGCAGCCACAGGAGCUGGGCUGGCGGCUCCCAGCACCUGGUGCAGAGAGCGGAGCCUUCGGAGGCAGACCCUGUGGAAACUUGCGUCCAUGAGCCCAGCAUCACCACCAUUUACGUGACCGUGGGCCAAGCCAGAAGGGGCAGCGAAGACCCCCCUCCGGCUGCCCAACGGCAUCAGGAGAGUGGGCAGGAGGAGGCUGCCUGGCCAACAAGUCUGCAGAAGCUGCCUUGGAAGGCGCUGGAUGCUGCAAAGGGCACCUCAAGGAAGAUGGCACCAGAGGAGCCCAGCAUGGCUGAAGAUCAAGGCCUGCUGGCUCCUGACGAGCCGAUGGAGGGUGGAGGGAGCAGCGGCAGCCUAGAGGCAUGACCCCCCCCCGGAGGGGCACAGCCAGCGAAGCAAACAUGCCCUGCCUCUGGGUUUGCCCCAGGAGCCCAGCUGUGUCCAGCACUCUCCCACAAACAAGGUGGGGGAGCAAAGCUUCAAGGGGUCCUGUGUGGAGGAAGCCAAUCCUGCCUUUCCCUAGAAGGGAUUGGGCCCCUAACCUUCAGUCCUUUGGGAGAUUUCCCUCACCGCUGGAAACGCUGAACCUGGAGCCUGCCUGUGGUUGCCUGAUGUCCCACGGAGCCCUUCCUUUCUCUUCCGCUCAGAAAAGUCUGUAGCAAUAGUCUUGCAUCUGGACAGGUGCUGCUUUGGGUAUCUCUCAGUCGCUGCAUUGCCCUGAUAAGGCAAUUGGCCUGGAAUUGCGGGCACCUGCCACCCCUGCUACCAACAGUUGGGCUCUUUUUCUUGUGGAUACCCAGCCUUGAAAGGGUCUGGGGAGCUGCCAGUGGUGACCAGCAGGGGGCGGUCUUGGACAGAAGCUGUAUCUGUAGAGGCUGAAGGGGCAGUCAUGCCCCAAAACCUCCCUGGCACCCUUGAGCAGAAACGCUUGGCAAGCCGAGACCUGGAAGAGCCAGUGGCCACCUAAACAAAACAUUUAUCAAAAGGAUGAACGAGAGUUAAGACUGUAUUAACUAUGGACUCAAUCUGAAUUGGGAUUAAAAUUAUUCUAGCUUUACUAAA